UCACUGGCUUAAAAAAGGACUUUCAUCCACAACAUUUUACCUCCACUUGACCUUAAUUUGUAUUUACUCUGCUUGUCAUCGUCCCGAGAACAGCAGGAUGACAUAUUCAGUGGCAGAUUUAUACGUGACAGUCAUCAUGAAGGUCUUCAUCAGCACACUGAGCAAUCAGCCAUCAGAUCUGACACAACACACAAAGCAAACAGACAGAAGCAGGAGGCUACUCACCGUCGUGUUUCAGAAAACCACAUUCAGAGGACUUUUGGAUCAAAGUUCACCUCCUCUGUCUACUUAAGACUUUCCAGGGAUCUACAGCUUAACAGACCAGAGCUCCAGAAGAAUCGAGAUCCUUGUCUACACAGUGUGACUGAUCCACAAAGGAUUGAGAUUGGUUAGAACAGUUCUCUGGACACUGGAGGAGCAUCACCAACAGAUACUACUCGAGAAGCAGUCUGUGUCUUUCCAGUCCCAAAGAAGAGCUCAAUAACUGUCAGACAGGAAACUGAGUACAUUGUUUGCAAUGGCCCAGACACUAUUGUAACAUGCUCUGAUUUCAGUAAUGACAAGUUUGGGUUUCAUGGGUGUCAUGGUUUGCACAAACAUCCUUAUGGUUCACAACCAGAAAGGACUGACUCUGGGUUACUUCACACAGCUGUAAAUGACUGCACAAGGCUUAAGAAACAACUCAGUCUUCUGGAACUCUCUGACCCCACUGCAAGCAUGCUGUCUUCCACUGUAGUAACAGUCCUUGCACCUCACUGGAGUGGCCGACUACGCCGGACCAAAAGGGAAGAGGGAAAUGGUAGUUUGGAAGCGCCAGCAAAUUUUCAAGAUACAAUACAUGGUUCCAAUGAGGCCACCUGUGCAGGUGAACACUUUCAGCAAACCCAAAACCAAUAUGGAGCAGAAAGUGUGUUGACAGAUGGAUCUCAACACCAACUGAGAAUGUCAGUUCUGGGUAGCAGGAGGACUACAAUUGGUUGGUCAACAAAAAGUGGUCCUCCAAGCUUUAAUCUGGAGUAUGAAUCCAAGAGGAAACUGUCCCAGCCUGUGCAUGUGGAUGUAACCUCUGGAAGGAUAGACAACAGAAAAACAGGGUUCCGGUGCUUUAAGUCCUUUAGCGACAGCUCCAGCUCCCCAAUCUCCCUUUUUUCUUGACCCAAAUGAGGAAAAGAAUCUCCAGACUCACCAAGAACCUUCAUCUGUAAGUUCAAAACCAACAACCAGUAGUCUGCUUCUCUCUUUACGGAGGUUCAACUCCCAUAGCAAGAAAUCAAAUACAGAGCUCACUGGCUCUGAGACAAAUCCACUGUCUCUGAACAGCUCAACUAUUGAUGAUGUUAGAAAGCCCAGGACACCUUGUUUUUCUCAAGCAUUCACAAUAAUGACAUGAAAGAGAGGUCAAAGCCAACAUUUCUCUUAUUCACCAAUGUCAUCUAAAAGAACUGAGAGUAGCCCCAUUUUUCCCUCACUAUCUCCCAAUGACACACAAGGAGACACAUUCAGGUUUUCAGUUUUACCCAAAAACAAAAAUACAGAAAGUGCAUCCUUUACCAAUCUUCAGUCCUUAAGUACAACCCAGUCUAGUCUUUCAUGUUCCAAACACGCAUUUCUCAGUAGAGGACCUUUAGAUGAACAUCAGAGCUGCAGAGAGUCAAACCAAAUUAUUGACAAAAUCUCAGCCUGUUCAAUCACCUCACCAGCCAAUUCCAGAUAUGAUAAUACCGGUGUCCUACAAAGCCCCCUUCCUAGAAACACCACCCUGACAUCCACUUCUAUGUUGAAGAGGUUGUUCAAGAAGGCAGUUCACUGUUCACCUCCAGGCCUUCUGCCAACAGCACAAACAAGGGAAACACACCUUUAUCUCCACCCUGCAAUGAUAGUAAUCACACUGCAUCUCCAGGGCAAAGUGACAACAAAACAUUUAGCAGUCAAAUCCCCAAUAAAACUGACAGUGAUAACUCAUCAGAUCCAAUUUACAAAGACAACAUGAACAUCGUUAUGAAGGCACACAGUGGACUUCACACCCUUCAACACAGCAAUUAUGUGGAAACAGCUGACCACGAAUCACAUGAACUAAUUAAACAUCAACAUGCCCCCCACUGUAAGUAAGAGAGAACCACAUAUUUUAACCAGUGUUUCCCCCUGCUCUAAAUUUCAGCAGUCACCCAACAAUGAGUCAGCGUCAAGAUCACAAGCAUGAUGUUAGUCUGUUUACACCAGAUGUAGGUGAAUUGUCACAUACCUUACUAAAUCAGAAGAGCCCAAGCACACCCACUGACAGGCAGCAACAAAUACAAAAUAAUAAUUUGUUGAAAUUCAACGGCUGUGCCUCACUUAACAGUGAAGAUUAUCAAAGCUUUGCCAGCCAAUCACCUUUGCUUGAGGCCACAAAGUCUGUUAGUAAUGAGGCCCUUUCUUCCAAAACUAGUUCCAUCUUACACCCUCAAGCAUUGUCCCCUACACCCAUUAAGACAGUCACGGCCACACUUCUUGGAUUUGAAAGGAGCUACCCUUCUAUUGCUAAGUCUUUCCAUCCUAAAACUAUGUCAACCCUUAUUUCUGCAACGAACAGUUUCUCUAAAACUGACUAUGAUCCUGUUUGCACACUUCCUGCCUCCUCUUCUAUCACUGGUGGCAAGCCUACAACCUUAACUCUCUCAUCUCCUACCACAUCUGUUACCAUCUCAUCUCUCUUAACUCCUCCUGCUACUCCUAUCAUUACCAGCACCAGCAAUCCAGCCACUUUUCAACCUCAGGUAGAGAGGAAAUUCUCUGACAGUCUAGAAAACAGGCCAAAAAAAUUGCAUUCCAGUGUUGAAGGGAAAAAAGCAAGGAGAGUAACGUGGGUGACUCCGUGGUGGAUGCACCACUGUUCUGAGAAUACCCCAUUGGAAAAGCAAGAUUCUUCUAAGGCCUUGACAAACCCUCUGUCCCCCUCCAGGUCUCCACAAAACAUCAAGGCCCCAUCCAUAUUUUCUUUCCUCAGAGCCGGAAGUCCAUCCACAAAUAAAUCUCCUCUCUGCACUCCUGUUCCCAAGACCUCCAGUAUACAAGUGGAGAGAGGGGGGAGGUAUCGGUCUUUAUCAUCUGACUCUGCUGUGCAAGCACAAAGAGACAAUGGAAUACAUAAGGAAGGGCCUGCUGACAGUAUCACCUUGGACCAGGGAAGUGCAGACCUACUUCCACGAGAGAGAACAUUUCAGAGGGGGCCUAGCCCAACAAUUUGUCGUUCCACUGCUCCUCUCUCCCUCCCUCCUGACUUCACAAGUGAUUAUAAACUUCGUUAUAGCUCUCCACCUUAUUCAACUCUCCAUGUCUACCAGGUCAGCAUUAGGUGAAACUAAGACACCCAGACCAACCUUCUUCCAGCAACCCUCAGAUUAUACCUCACGCCUGUCUUUACAUUCAACAUACCCUCACACACAUCCAAACCCCCUCCAUCGCCUGUCAGUUCACCUCAGCCCUUGUCCCUCACCUUUCCAAAGCAAAGUGUCUUACAAGAAAGUUCAAAAUGUGACAUUUCAGAAAGUGAUCAAGUCAACAAUAAUCACUGCAAGCCCAGCAACCCAAGAGCACCAAAUAGCCAGGUGGUCCUGGUCAAAAAUAAACUUCGUAUCAGCUCACACAUUGUACAAGAUGGUAAGGAAUCAUCAUCCUCCAGCUGUGUAAUGGAAACAUUGGUUUAUAGUGUUACAAAAGACUCUGUAGCUCCUCCAAUAACACCACACCCCAACUGUUAACAGAACAUGAUACAAAUAUACAGUUCCUGCAGAGACCAAAUUAAGUGAACAUUUGCAGGCAGAGAAAAGUAUGUAUCCUGUAGGCAAACCAGACUGUCAUUCAGAUCAUAGCUCAAGUGGCAGCAGUUCCACAGAAAGUCAGUCUGCAGACAGAAAAUGCCGUAGCAGAACACUGAAGGUGAAUGGUGUUGGUAAAAGCAGGUUUUAUUCAGUGGAGAGCAACAAUGAACAAAGUCCCAAAAAGGACUGUUUGCACAAAAAAAAAGUCCCAGCACGCCAAACUCUGGAUUGUCAAGGUCUGAGUCCAGAGAGGGUUAAUAAGACCAAUAACAAGUGGACCUAGUCCUAAACAAACUGAAACAAACAUUUAGCAGUAGACGUUCUGAUGACGAGCUCUCAUUUUCAUGGAGACGGAAGCGAGCAUCGCAAGCACCUUCUGUUGGUGAAUCAGGUGACAUCAGCAGUGUCAGCGAUAUCACUGUUGGUAACAAAACAGCAGAGGAACAAGACCAGGAAGUGGGAAUGCUGCUGAAGGAUAAUGAAAAAGGAAUAGAUGGUAAGACUGGAUGGACCCAAAAUAGAUACACCCUGAUACCAUCAUCAACUGAUAAACACUCCUUUUGCUCAAACGAAUCAUCCUUAGAAAGUACCCAAGAUGAUCUCUCUUUGUUUCAAGUGUCAC